UCGAAUCAGUUCUUGGUAAAACCAAACUUCAAUAAACCGUUGUGCUGAUGCGCGGACGUGCGGAUACUUUCAGUUAAUUUUGAAUUUUUCGAGGAACGGUGAAGGUCCGCGCUUGAAGUCCCAUUCAGAUCCUAAGUGAGAGCCUCCGAAUAGGAUUCAUUGAAUGGCAAACUAACGUGCAGCCAGGAAUUAUCGAUUCAGAUCCCACCUCUUUUGGGCACAAACUGGAUUGACAAAAGUCAGAGUCCAAUCACUACGAAGUACAAUCAGCACGAUGACAUCAAAUAGUUGUUUAAUCAGUCUAGGCUGCCUACUGGUCCUUAUUCAAACUCUAGCUCCAGCAAAGUCUGCGGAGCACUCAGUGUUCACCCACAAAAACGCGUCAUCGGUCUUGGGUCAAUUGGUUACCUCGAGUACCCUAGUAUGGGAAAGCUAUGACCCCAAGGAUGCUACACAGUUGCAGUUCGCCGUGGAGGGCGGAAAGUACGUUACUGAGGAUGAGCAUUACCCCAUGUACGUAUGUCGUGUACCAAUCGAUGGUAUCCAAGUGUCCGGCCAUACCGAGAAAAUCCUUCAGAGACACGUAUGCCUUGCGGCCCACUAUAAGCACGGAAAGUACGACAACUUCGAUGUCCUUAUGAACAAGGGUCACCUGGGGAAGGUUGGCUGGCGCCAUUGGCGUAAGUUUGAUGCUGGUGUUCCCGUCGGUGCAAUACGCAUUGGGGAUGACUCUUACAUUGGUCGCCAUCGGGCCCCAAGUCAACCGAACAAGGACGGUGUCGUCACCCAUUGGGGAGCAGACUUCAAUCUGGGCCACUUGGAGCCGGUGGGUCUGGGAAAAAUUAGGGUCAUUGAAGCCGAACGUGAGAAGUACUACGACGAUGGCGAAGUUUUAGUCGAAACAGAGCCCUUCCGAUACGAGCUCAGGGACAUCAAACUUGAUCGCCUGCGCACUGAUAUUCAAGAGAACAUGACUGAACUAGUUACCAGGAAGCUUGAAAAUCUGGAAGAUAAAUAUAGUACAGUAGAGACGAUUCUAAGCUAUACCUUCAACUAUAAUCAAUAUUGGGGAUCCCACGAGGGUGUUGCUCGUGGUCUACCCACAAAAAUAUUCGAAAAAGAUGAGGCUGUUCCGGCUGAAAUUAACUGGGCCUUAAAACACACCGAAAAACGAUCGGAAAACAAGGCAGUGCACACGAAACUUUGGCCUGGAACAGCAAUUAAUGUUACGCUACGUGGCAAUUAUGUGACCCUGGAGGCGCCGUACAGUGGCAAGCUCUUUGCUUUCUAUUACGGAAGCGAUGAAAGUGUUUCCCGAAAGAUCAGCGCAGAGGUGCGAAAGAGCUACUUGAAGGAGGUGAAGCUGGAGUUCAGUCCCGUCUACUGGAUUGAGAACGGUACUCUGGUUCCCACAACGACCACCACAACGACCACAUCCACAUCGACCACGACACAUGCCACCACAACCAGCACCAACGAGCCGACGCCCAUAAAUGAGCCCCCGCUGGUCCAUAUGAAGGACAAUGGUGUGCAGCAUUCAGGUCCCGAUACGCUGGAGAAGACCUUGCAUGACUCCCCGUCCAGCAACGAAUUAAAUUCGCACGAGGCUCCAGAGAACAUGUCCUCCGACCCGGGAAAGGAUGUGGCGCUGGCAGGGUUCGGAGUCAAUGCAGCGGGGUCAACAUUUAUUGCUGGGUCGACUUUAUUAACGCUACUUUUAACACUUUUUUUGAGUCUGUAGAUGAAAUUGAGCUCUGGACUCAGUAUAGCGUUUAAUUGUUGUUGUUGUACCUGUUGUACCCGUCUUUGAGAGCGUCAGAGAGAUGUAA